UCGCUCAUCUCAGCCCCCGUUCGCGUAUCAAUGCCGGUGUGUCGCAGUCUGGUCGCCUAUAAAACCCACCCUCACCAACCACCUGAUCAUCAUCCUCUUCCCUGGCCGGCGGACGGCUCUCCUUUUAGUCUCCUACGGUACCGCGAGACCACCACAGCAAACACCAAGCUUGCUACCUCCUACACGUUCCCUCCUAGCCUUGCCAAGUGCCAACGACCCAAGCUUCACCAAGCUCGCACCCAGCCUGCACCUCCGUUAUGACGAGCCGCCCAAAGCCCGAUCGACAAGAGUCGACUGCGAGGUACCACAGACACGAACAUCAUCACCUCAACCAUAGCAUCAGCUGGAAUAAGCGCGCUAGGGUAUUCAAGCGAAAGCACAUUGGUCCUGUGAAUGAUGGAGUGGGCGAUGGCACUGGACACGAGACCUCACACAACGAGAAACAAGCCCGUGGAAGUGGCCAGAGCCAGUUGCCCAUGUACAACUCGGAUGGCCACAGAGUGAAUCAUGCGGGCCAUAAAGUCACCAAGGGCAUACAACCUGACGGAGAGAGUGGGAGAAGCUGGUUCCAUCCUCUGAAGUUCCUGAAAAUCAUCUGGACGAGCUCUUGCACGGCGAGUAAGUGGACCAAUGUGCUCUGGCCAUUCACCAUUGCCGCUAUCGUGCUUUACUUCUCUCACGGCCCACCGGUAUGGAUAUUUGCCACUUCAUACAUUGGCAUGAUCCCUGCUGCAAAUCUGGUUGGAUUCGCUGGUCAGGAAUUGGCCAGGAAGAUUCCCAAGGUGGCCGGCGUGCUGCUGGAAACUACGUUCGGCAGUAUCGUUGAGAUUAUCCUGUUUAUGGUUUUGCUCGUGCAAGGCAAAAACUCCGUAGCGGCGGGCGCGGACAACCCUAACGUGCCUGUCAUUCGAGCUGCCAUUCUGGGGUCGAUCCUGGCCAACUUGUUGAUGUGUCUUGGACUCUGCUUCUUCGUCGGAGGUAUAUUUCACCCUCAGCAGACGUUCCAUGAAGCUAUCUCCGAAGUGGGUUCUAAUCUGAUGCUCGUCGCGGCAAUGGGCCUCAUCAUACCGACAAUUUACUACUCCUCGCUCAUCAAUUCCCGCCCUGAGAUCACGAGCGAAAUUCUGACCAACACGGCAAGGCUUUCGCGAGCAGCGGCCAUUAUUCUACUCAUCGCCUUCUGUAUCUACGUAUGGUUCCAAGCACGCAGCCACCACGGCUUGUACGAAGACAUUCUGGAAGCGGACGAGGAGCGUGAUCACGAUAGGCACAGGGAUCUCGCCAAACCGAAGCUUACCUUGACCGAGAGCAUCAUCGCUCUCUUGAUCGCUCUGAUGUUCGUCAGCUUCAUGGCUGUGUUCCUGGUCAAGGAGAUUCAUUACAUUGUGGAAAGAGGAGUGUCUGACGCCUUUGUCGGCCUCAUCCUGGUGCCCUUGGUGGAGAAAGCAGCCGAGCACAUCACCGCUAUUGAUGAAGCUUACGACAAUCAGAUGAACUUUGCUCUGAGCCACGUACUGGGUGCAAGUAUUCAAACGGCACUGCUUAAUGCCCCACUGGUGGUUCUUGUCGGCUGGGGGAUCGGUAGCGAUAUGAGCCUGAACUUUGAGAUAUUCGAUGCCAUAGUGCUCAUCCUGGCCGUCAUCGUGGUCGGAAAUUUCCUUAGGGAUGAAAAGUCCGAUUAUCUCGAGGGCGCGCUUUGUGUCAUGGUGUACGCACUGAUCGCUGUUGGGGCAUUUUACUACCCUGAUCCCAAAGCAGCGGAGGGAGGCGAGGCGAGUGGUACAGCGAGCGAGGAGGUGGUUCAGGAAGCAGUUCGUAGACUGAUGUUUUCUUGACUGUGAAGAAGUGACGGCCUGGCAAGUGAUUGGCAUAGCGUGGAAUUUGAGCUGGUCUUGAAUUUGAGCGAUGGAGUUUGCAGCGAUUUAUUAGUGAUUGAUUCUCCUGACUCCGGAAAUACUAUCUAUGUUACUUCUGAAUGUAUCGGCUUGCCUAUAUGUAC